UGGCAGUAGCAGGUAAAGGCGUGGCCACGCGUUUUUGCGGCAGUUACCUGAGAGCACCAAGAUUAAAGGACGCUGCUGGCGGCGUCCACUUUAAUCUACAUAAAAGAAAGCACAAUGGUGGAACAAACAAGACGUCCAGUUCAUGUUGUGUCCCUCCAGGCUGGACCUGGAGAGGUGGACACUGGCACUGUGUUUGAUGUAAACCUCAGGAUCAGUGCCAGGGCUGCUCGGGCCUUUGGCCACCAGUUAGCUGUAAUCGGAGACCAGAUGGACCGAGAGUGGGCCAGCAGAGGGCCAAACGGGCCACUGACUCCUCUACACCUGCUAAGACCUGCCCAGACACUGACACAGACCAUCUACAGGGACAUCCACCGUAAGUUAUGGGGCUUCCAGGGCCUGUUUGGUGCUGUGAAGGCCUGGAUUGAGAGCACUUUGCCUGGCCAGGGGAUCGUCAGACCUGGGGCUUUGCCAGCUUUGGUGCCCAGUUUGAAACCAGUACCCUGCACUGGCUGGACCAGAGGAGCACUUGUGACUGUGGCUCUGGUGGCUGCAGUGAGUGUUUUUGGUGCACUAUGGAUAGAAAGAAAAGCCUAAAGGGGUCAUGAGCAGGUCUUUUUGGCCUUUAUAUGUUUGACCAAAAAAAAAAAUAUGUUUGCAACUGAGUGAAAAUUACUUCUGAUUUAAUUUCUGCUGUUUACUUUGACUUCUUUUUUGUACUUUUUUUUUAAUGAGCGGUAUUGAAGUUAACAGGAAAGACUGGGAGCGACUCCCUCUGCAACAGAAGGGAAAAACAAACACACUGUAAAAUUAAUAAGAGCGGCUGGGAAUUGUUUAAACUGGUUUUGCAGUGAUGCCUGAAAGGUUUGCUGGCAUAAUGUAGCAACAACAUGUUUGUUCUUUGUCAUUACUGGACUGUUGCUGGCCUGCAGUCUUUUGUAGUUUCUUACUGGUUUAAGAGGCCAAGAUUUUUGCCAAUGAUAUGUAGCUUUGCUUAGCAUAAAAUGACGGGAGCUGGACUUUCUGUUGCAGAUUUGAAGAUGUUUUUUCAUGUGACACAAAUAAACUUCAUGAUGA